GCUACAAGCUUAAUAAAGGAGAAAGAGUUACAAAAUGAGAAGAUGAAAAAAAAACUGAAAGUAAAUGGCAAUUAAGGCACACCAAGUAGUAGUACUAGGAAGCAAUUUUGGAAUCAAAAUCACUUUUCAUUCUCUUGUAGCAAUUUUAACAACUAUUCUAGUUGUCACUGCCAUAUAUUUUACACAAGAAGGAGGACAAUGGUUUCUUCAAGAGACUAUAUCUUCUGAAUCAUUGUUAAAAUGUAACUUGUUUGAUGGCAAGUGGGUUUAUGACAAUGAAUCUAAUCCACUCUACAAAGAACAACAAUGUAAGUUCAUGUCGGAUCAAUUGGCUUGUGAGAAAUUUGGAAGGAAGGAUCUUGACUACCAAAAUUGGAGAUGGAAGCCUCAUCAAUGUGACCUACCAAGGUUCAAUGCCACAACAUUGCUUGAAAGGCUAAGGAACAAGAGGCUUGUGUUUGUUGGGGAUUCACUCAAUAGAGGCCAAUGGGUUUCAAUGGUCUGCCUUGUUGAAUCUUCACUUCCCCCAACUCUCAAAUCCAUGCAAACCCUUGCCAAUGGUUCACUCAACAUUUUUAAGGCUAAAGAAUACAAUGCAACCAUCGAGUUCUAUUGGUCCCCAUUACUUGUAGAAUCAAAUUCAGAUGAUCCUGUAAACCAUAAGGUACCAGAUAGGACUGUGAGAGUCCAAGCCAUUGAGAAACAUGCUAAGUAUUGGACUCAUGCAGACAUUAUAGUUUUCAACACUUUCCUUUGGUGGAGAAGACAAGCGAUGAAUGUUUUGUGGGGGUCAUUUGGAGACCCUAAUGGAGUAUACAAAAAGGUAAAAAUGGUGAGAGUGUAUGAGAUGGCCUUGAGGACUUGGUCAGAUUGGUUGGAAAUGCAUAUUAAUCGUAACAAGACCCAAUUAUUUUUUGUUUCUAUGUCACCUACUCACCAAAGGGCUCAUGAAUGGGGAGGAACAAAGGGUGAAAAUUGUUACAAAGAAAGAGAUCAAAUAACAAAAGAGGGAUAUAAUGGAAAUGGUUCAGUUCCUAAAAUGAUGCAAGUGGUUGAAAAUGUUCUACAAGAUUUAAAAACAAGAGGUUUAAAUGUUCAAAUGCUUAACAUCACACAACUUUCAGAGUACAGAAAAGAAGGUCACCCUUCAAUCUAUAGGAAGCAAUGGGAGCCUUUAACAGAAGAACAAAUAUCAAAUCCAAAAUCUUAUGCAGAUUGCAUACAUUGGUGCCUCCCUGGUGUGCCUGAUACAUGGAAUGAACUUCUUUAUGCUUAUAUUUUUCAUAGAUGACAAAUAUUUGAUAUUGAAAAUUUCAUGCCAGUUUUAAUUGUUUUGUUGUAUCUUGUUUUUUCUUGAUGUUGACUGAGGUGAGGGAAGUUGAAGUGUAAAGAAUAUUGUCAUCCCUAA